AUGAAGCUUUUCAACGCUAAAGAAAUUGACGACUACAAGAGCCACAUUCUCAUGGCCGGCCUGCGCGGCGGUGCCCUUGGUGGCAUGGUUUCUGCCGGCAUGUGGCAGUUCUGGCUGCGUAAAAAGACGUUUAUCACUGCUGGAUUCGUUCGCACGCUGACGCUUGCCGCCCCUGUACUGCUGUUUGGCGUCACCAACAUGGAGGUCGCUUCGCGUGACUUCGAAAUGGCCAAGAACUACUCUGAGGCCUCCGAGAAGACCGCUCUCAAGGCUGAGGGCCAACAGGACGAUACCUUCCUUGGCUGGUGCAAGACUAACAAGUACAAGCUGGUCGCUGGAGGCUGGGCUGCCAGUAUGGUUGGAUCAUACGUCAUUGUCAACCGCGACAAGUACAUGACCAAGGCUCAAAAGAUCGUGCAGGCCCGUGUCUAUGCACAGGGUCUGACUGUGAUCAUGUUGCUGGCAACCGUCUUCAUGUCCGCCGGCAAGCAGUCCACCCGUCAAGCCACUCCUGAGCAACAGGAGGACAGCUGGAAGGGCGAUCUACAGUUUGUCGAACAGGAGCAAAAAUAA